AUGAGCGAAGCUGAGGAGGCGAUAGGACUGAUCGGGAAUUCCGCAGAAGAAACCGAGGAGGAUGACGAGUACGUCGUGGACGAGGACGACAGCGGCGUGGAGGAUGGUCGGAGUGCAGUGGAGGCCUUACGGGCUAUUUCGAACGGAAUCCAGGUGCCCUGGAUCUUCAAAAAGCCUCCACGGACCCGUUUGAGAUCCGGCUCAAGCUCGGGCGAGGAGUCGAUGAGUUUCACAAUAUCUGCCUUGGAAUUACCGAUGGCUUUCCAAAGGCCGGUCAGGUGA